AUGGCGUCCGUGUCCGACCAAUUCCUGGUCCAGAUGGACCUCCCCAGCCAUCCGGAUGAGUGGUUCGACUUUGACAACUUCAUGGACAUGUCCUCCGGUCAGAUCGACGAUCACUCCACUUCGAUGGACUCGAUCUCACCACCAGACCUGUCAAUGCCCUAUGAGGCUGAUACAUUUCUGGGCGCUUCCCCGUCAGAAUUCAUGCAACCCACUUGGUCGGACAUGACCAGCGAUGACUUCCCAGAAUUCAUGGCAGAUCAGUCCCCGGAGAUGGAGGGGCUGUGGGAUGCCAGCCCCAUGUUCGACAACACGGAGUUCUCCCAAGUUUCUACUUAUGGAAACACCGAUGCAUUCCGGUACAUGGUGGAAGCACAUGCGGCGGCCGAUACCCGCGCUGCUUCCCUCAAGAAAAAGCGCCGAGAGGCGUCUAUUGCCCUGCAUCUCCAGCGACUAUGCGACGCCACGGCGAUUGACCUGGAUCUGUCCUCGGAGUCCACCACCAGCUUCUCCUCCCCAAGCUGGUCCGACUUUGUCCGCGGCAGCACGUCUCCGCCAUCAACCAACUCGCCCGACGACAACGCCCCUACCCCGGCCCCGACAGCGGGGAAUGGCGGGGUCGAAUUUGUUCUGGAUCUCAACAUGAAUGCGGCUACCAACCUGCCGAAGAAGCAGAAGCCCCGAUCGCAAGCCCAGAAGGAGAACUACAUCAAGGCGCGGAAGUACGGCGCCUGCGAAAAACACAAGAAGCAACAUAAGCGAUGCAACUGCUUGGAGAAAGCUGCGGCCCGUGUUAGCGUCAACAUGUCCCCGACCGAUGUUGCAUUCACGCAGACACCAACGCCGUCACUCCAAAGCUCGGUUUCCCCAACCACGCGGUAUUCCUCGUCUCCGGGCUACGAUCCACAGCGCAGUUCCCCCGUGGACGCUCAGCCGAUCUACGUCGUCAGGAAGUCCUCAAGCAGCUCACCGGAGGUAUUUUCAUCUAUCAGGAGGCCGACAAGCGGCGUUGCGGGACACGACCCAUCCAACAGCGCAUCAGCGGUGCUCCCAUCAGUCAGGUCCACCGGACGACACACUGCAAGUGUCCCAGGACACGAGCCAACUUUCAGGCCACCGACUACUCCCCAAUCGGCCAACGCCGAAAACCGGCCCAAGAGCACUGUCCCAGGCCACAAGAGGCCUUGUGGCUCACCGACAACGCUUCAAUCAGUCAAGAUCACCCGGGCGAACCUUGGCGGUCAGCCCGGUCACGACCCAUCGCAAAACUCACCAGCUGCCUCUCAAUCCGUGCUCACAACUGCGAAGUCUGCUGACACGCAAAAACGGCGCAUUCUCCACGUCUCUCGAUCAAGCGGCGUUGAGCCUGCUCCUGAGGGCGGCUUCCUCAAACAUGUUUCGUCUACAGCGAACCAACACGGCGCUAGCACUGCUGUUGGCUCACUGAAGUGGCAAGCUUCGCACCUAACUACCCGACCGUUCCUGAAACCGACGACCGAUCAAAUCCAGACCAUACCAUGCUGUGUCGCUGGAACAGUAGGCCUACGCGAGCCACACGGCUUGGGGGUUCGCAGUCUGGCAGUGCCCGGAAACAACUCCAACCGGAGUCUGCCCCAAGGCGCCAAGCAACCAUUGGCCACGUCGUGUACUCAACUGGCCUCUUUUGUCAAGAACCAAGUCUGUCCCACAUCGAGCUCGAUGCUCGAGCAGGUUGGCGGACUACUCUCUGGCGCUGUUGUUACACUGGAACGAGCUUGGCAAGUAUCGUCGUCUCUGUCCUCUUGGGUAGAAGACGCGAUGUCUAGAUGUCUUUCCAUGGCGGGAAGACAGCUCAUGUCUGCCAGAAAAGUUCUACAUCUGUCUCACCGACGAGCCAUGUGGCUCGCAGGAAAUGCAUGCUAG